CAUGGCAGGGAACACGGACGUUCUCAAAGUCUCAAUCCUUGGAAAAGAGUCCAUACACUGUGGAUUUCAUCUCAUCCCAUAUAUCGCCCGCACCGUUCUAAGCACCCUACCAUCGUCGACCUACAUCCUCAUAACAGACACCAAUGUAGCGAAUUUCCAUCUCAAGGCCUUCGAACAAGAAUUCAAGGCCAUUCUGGACAGCUCGCCUAGCAGUACCAAGGCGCGAUUCCUUAGUCUGGUUAUCUCACCUGGAGAGACCUCGAAAAGUAGGGAGGGCAAAGCUCACAUCGAAGAUUUCCUCCUCCUGAACAGGUGCACACGAGACAGCGUCGUUUUGGCGUUAGGCGGGGGCGUUAUUGGGGAUCUAGUUGGUUUCGUUGCUGCUACCUGCAUGCGCGGGGUGCGUUUCGUGCAGAUUCCUACUACGCUGCUGGCCAUGGUCGAUUCUAGCGUUGGCGGGAAGACGGCUAUCGAUACACCUCAUGGGAAGAAUCUCAUCGGCGCGUUCUGGCAGCCCGAGUACAUCUUCAUCGAUGCGGCGUUUCUCGAGACACUUCCCCCUCGCGAGUUCUCGAACGGUAUGGCUGAAGUCGUAAAGACCGCAGCGAUAUGGAACGAAUCCGAGUUCAUCUCACUCGAGUCCUGGUCCUCCGAAAUCUUCGCUGCCAUCCAAACGCCUUCCACUGAAUUCGCAGGGCGCUCAAAGGCCUCACGUUCCUCAGCGCAAGAGCUCCUACUCUCCGUCAUAGUGGGGUCGAUCUCCGUCAAGGCGCAUAUUGUUACCAUCGACGAACGCGAGACCGGACUAAGGAACCUCGUCAACUUUGGACACACCAUCGGGCACGCAAUCGAGGCCAUCCUAACACCAACCAUUCUCCAUGGCGAGUGCGUCAGUGUUGGUAUGAUUUUGGAGGCGGAGGUAGCUCGGCAGAUGGGUAUCCUCUCGCAGGUCGCUGUGGGCCGCCUGACAAGAUGCUUGAAGGCGUACAAUCUACCCGUCGCCUUGUCGGAUCCACGUAUCUCUAACUUGCCUGCCUCCAGUCAGCUGACGGUCGACAGGCUGCUCGACAUCAUGCGCAUUGACAAGAAGAAUAGUGGUCCCGAGAAGAAGAUCGUCAUAUUGAAGAAAAUUGGCGAGACGUACGAGCCGAAAGCUACGGUUGUCAAAGAUGCUGUCAUUGCUAAGACGCUCGCGGAGGCGGCGCGAGUGAUCCCCGGCAUCCCGAAGAACGACCCAGUGAAGAUGGCCACACCUGGAUCAAAGAGCAUCUCAAACCGUGCCUUGGUUCUAGCGGCUCUCGCGAAAGGCACCUGCAGGCUGAAGAAUUUGUUGCAUUCUGACGACACGCAGGUUAUGAUGGCGGCCAUAAACGAACUUAAGGGUGCCAAAUUCUCUUGGGAAGAUGGCGGAGAGACGUUGGUCGUCGAAGGUGGCGAAGGUUCGCUUACAGUACCCCCCAAGGGCAAAGAAAUUUACCUAGGAAACGCUGGGACUGCUGCCCGUUUCUUGACCACCGUUUGUGUGCUCGUUCAGGCGACCCCUGGUGUUGAUGAAGAAUCCACCGUAAUCACUGGUAACGCCCGCAUGAAACAGCGUCCCAUAGGUCCUCUCGUCACAGCAUUGCAUUCCAACGGGAGCAAAAUCGACUAUCUCGAGUCGCAUGGGUGCCUGCCUCUCGCCAUUGGACCACAAGGCCUCCAAGGCGGAUUGGUCAAGCUAGCGGCAAGUGUUUCCAGCCAAUAUGUUUCCUCCAUCCUCCUCUGCGCCCCGUAUGCCACGAAUCCAGUAACGCUCGAGCUUACUGGUGGCCAAGUCAUCUCCCAGCCUUAUAUCGACAUGACCAUUGCGAUGAUGAAGACUUUUGGUAUCAACGUCGUCCGGAGGGCAGACCCUGCCACAAAGAAGCUAUUGGACGUGUACGACAUCCCGAAGGGCGUCUACGUCAACCCAGCAGAAUACAGCAUCGAAUCUGAUGCCAGCAGUGCCACAUACCCCCUAGCCAUUGCUGCCAUCACAGGUACCUCCUGUACGAUUCAGAAUAUCGGUUCUGCGUCCCUGCAAGGAGAUGCCAAGUUCGCGAAAGAGGUGUUGGAGAAGAUGGGCUGUGAUGUGGUUCAGACGGCUACGGAGACGACGGUGCGUGGGCCACCCAUUAGUGGGCUCAAGGCGAUCGAGGAGGUCGACAUGGAGGAGAUGACAGAUGCGUUCUUGACCGCCACUGUUCUCGCUGCAGUAGCGAGGGGCAAGACCCGUAUUCUGGGAAUCGCAAAUCAGAGAGUGAAAGAAUGCAACAGAAUCAAGGCAAUGAUCGAUGAGUUGGCUAAAUUCGAGGUGGAGACCAUCGAGCUUGAUGACGGGCUGGAGAUUAUUGGCAAACCAAUCCCGGAACUGAAGAAUGGGGUUAGUGUGCACUGCUACGACGACCACCGUGUGGCCAUGGCCUUCAGCGUUCUGAGCACUGUUAUUGCCGGGACUAUUAUUGAGGAGAAGAGAUGUGUCGAAAAGACAUGGCCUAACUGGUGGGACGAUCUGGAGAACAAGAUUGGGAUCAGGGUCGAAGGUGUCGAAUUGAGUGCCACAGCGACGGAAUCUGCCAGCGGCGCCCGUACGCACCAAGCAGGUGCAUCGGCCAUUCUGAUUGGCAUGCGAGGAACAGGCAAGACCUUUGUUGGCAAUAUGGCAGCGGCAGCCCUCUCCUGGGUUUGUAUCGACGCUGAUACCUACUUCGAGGAGAAAUACAAGAUCGGCGUCCGCGAGUUCGUGCACCAGCAAGGAUGGCAGGCGUUCCGUGACGCGGAGGUUGCCGUCCUCAAGGAACUCCUUCAGGAGAAAUGUGAAGGCUAUAUCAUCAGCCUUGGAGGCGGCAUCGUCGAGACACCUGCCGCAAGGGACCUCCUGAGGGAGUACGCCGAUAAGAAAGGCCCUGUCGUACACGUCGUGCGUCCUAUCAGCGACAUUAUCGCUUACCUCGACUCGGAGUCUGCUCGUCCAGCCUAUGGCGAACCCAUCGCUGAUGUCUUUCGCAGAAGAGAGCCCUGGUUCACCGAAAGCUCCAACUUCAUCUUUGACAAUCACUUUGGUGCUGACGCUUCGCCUACGGACAAGAGCGCUUUCAACGAAGUGUCAAGGUUCUUCAAGCACGUCACUGGCGGACAGCCGAAUCUGGCUCGCAAUUUGAAGCCCGGCUCGCGUUCGUACUUCUUGUCUCUCACAUACCCGAAUAUCACCCAAGCUUUCCCUCGUAUCGAGGAGCUGACAGAAGGUGUGGACGCCCUGGAACUGCGUGUUGACCUUCUCAGAUCGCCGAAGGAUUACGAGACUAUCGGCCACUCGAUACCGCCUUUGUCAUAUGUCCAAGAACAAGUUGCAGCCCUUCGCCGCGUGUCCUCUCUGCCGAUCGUCUUUACUGUUAGGACGAAGUCCCAGGGCGGCUCUUUCCCUGAUGGGGCACACAAGGAGUCCUCCGACCUCCUCCGACUAGCCUUGCAACUGGGUAUUGAGUACAUCGACGUAGAGACAACCCUUCCAGAGAAACAGAUCAAGGAUCUCGCCGCCCGUAAGGGUAAUUCCCAAAUCAUCGCGUCGUGGCACGACUGGAGUGGUGGCUUGAAGUGGGAUGGGCAAUUGGUGAAGGAGAAGUAUGACCUGGCCAGUCGGGUCGGAGAUGUUGUGAAGAUUGUUGGGAAGGCCUCGACGAUUAAGGACAACUUCGCGCUAUACGACUUCGUCUCUUCGAGGAACGCCAAGGCAGGAUCGAAACCGAUGAUUGCGAUCAAUAUGGGUGUUGAAGGCCAGAUGUCGCGCAUUCUUAACUCGACGUUCAGCCCAGUCUCCCACCCCUUGCUACCCAACAAGGCGGCGCCUGGCCAAUUGUCGUUCAAACAGAUUCAACAGGCGCUUCAUCUACUCGGCCUACAGCCUGCACAGAGGUUCUACCUCUUCGGGACACCUAUCUCUCAGUCCAUGUCGCCGACCCUCCACAACACCGGAUUCAACAUUCUCGGCCUGCCUCACAAGUACGAGCUGCUGGAGACCCAGGAGGUCGGUGAGGAGAUCAAGAUGGCGAUUACUUCUCCUGACUUUGGCGGCGCUUCUGUCACCAUUCCCUUCAAGCUCGAUGUGGUCCCUCUCCUGGACAGGCUUACUCCGGCUGCAGAAGCAAUCGGUGCAGUCAACACUAUCAUCCCCCGAGACACUCUGAGAGAUGGGAGUGGUGGGCGUAUUCUCGUCGGAGAUAACACGGAUUGGCUAGGGAUCAAGGCCGCCAUUGGCUCCAAACUCGGAGCCAGCCCUCGGAUCCCUGCUGCCCUGGUUAUCGGUGCAGGUGGAACAGCGCGCGCUGCUAUCUACGCGCUCCAUGCUCUCAACGCCGACGUCAUCUACCUCUAUAAUCGCACCCCCUCCAAAGCUCAAGAACUCAUGUCGGCAUUCCCAGAGUCUCGCAUUAAGGUCAUCAGCCAGCUCGGGGAGUGGCGCACUGAAUCUGCGCCGCCCAGCGUCAUCGUGUCUACGGUGCCAGCUUCUGCAACGACCAUCGAGGGGGUCAAGCCGAACGCGAUAUUGUUGACGAGUGAGCUGUUUGGGUACCGCGAGGGAGCGGCUGUCGUCGUGGAUAUGGCCUACAGACCUGCUGAGACACCCCUGCUUGCGCUUGCGAAGUCAGCGGGGGCUAACUGGGCCUUGGUUCCUGGUCUCGAGAUUCUUCUCGAGCAAGGGUACGAGCAGUUUAACAUCUGGACUGGGAGAACCUGUCCAAAAUCCUUGGUAGCGAAGCAAGUUUGGGCGAAGUAUAACGCAACCGCAUG